CUGGUGGCUUCAGCUCACACUAUGACGUCAUAUACAAGCUAAUGACUGCCCUGCUUAUACCAUGAAAGCGAUAACUCUCAAGCAUCGACAGCAUUUUUUGCCAACGCCGAAAAUAAGUUCAUCAGCAGCAAAUAUGACCCCUUCCGCGACGACAGCGAUUUCAUACCUGCUCUGGGCAUACCUCAAAGGCGCUCAUGGCUACCAAGCUUACAUCAGCUCGCGGAUUCUGCGCAGCUCCUAUGUCGCUAUCAUGAACCUGAGGGUACACGAGAAAGAGACAGAGAAAGCUGCCAAGUACUCCGAAACUGUCGCCGACCAACUACGCAAGAUUCGGACAACACAGGCAAGUGGUGUCGUCACGGGCCUUAUAUCCCUGAUCUCCUCAGUGUACUUGAUAUACUCAGGCACAACUGCGAAUAGCCUGUCGUUGUCUUCACCACAGCUACUGCUUUCGAUCGCCAACAUCAGUUUCAGUGCCGCGGCUUCACGGUACAUUGCGGGAUUUUGGGCUCAUUCAACACGUGUCCCCUUUGUCGAGAGCUACAAUGAGGCACUUCGCCGCACCGACGACGUUGUAUCAGCUCUCCAAAGCAGUGCGGCUGCGUGGCUUCUGUCGCUGCCGGUGUCUUCUCGAGUGGGUAAUGGCUGUACAGGUGUUCGCAUCCUGCUCUUUCGGUUUAUGGACAGCAGUUGUUGAGGGGACUCCAGCCGGUGUACCAAGUUUGAACAUGUAAACACUCUUAGAAAGCGCGCACCGGCACGGAAGGGGUGAAACAUUAUAUUCCACGGUGAUUUCAAUUAAUCGUAUUCUUGCUACAUAGCGUGUUCAAUUGCCUCGAGCCGCUGCCCGUAAGAAACCUCUGUGAUUCAGAUACACGCACCGGGUACUGCGUGUCGAGUCGUUCCUAAGGACUCACCACAACGGUGUGUACACGCCCUCCCAGGCCAAACCACACUGAUGUACAUCAUCGACAUGAACUCCGAAAAUCUGCGCGAAAUUGCCAAACCUUCCGCUUCGAUGACGCUGGCUCCAUCGGCUGUUCCAUGAGAUGGAC